UCGAUUAAGUGCAUCAUUUUUCUUGGCAAAAUGGGCUUCAAUGAUGAUAAGCACAUUUUUAAUCCCGAAGAUGUUUCUGCAGAGUUGACAUGCAUCAACAAGCCUGACGCAACAGUUGGAGAAAUCAAAAUCAAGAUGUCGUUGGAGCUGGGAUUUGAAGUACCCUUCAAUAUCAACUCAAGCAAAAUGCCCUUCAAUAUCAACUCAACCAAAAUGACCUUCAACGACGAUGAGCCGAUUCUUGCACACGAAGUUGUCUCUGCAGAGAGGAAACCUGCAGCAGUCAAGGCGGGAAAGACGCAGAUGAGAAUGUUCAACAAGAAGGAGGCACCACUUGAAGCAACCGAAUUGAGGGUGUUGUUGGAGCUGACAGAGUCAGGAAAGAACGAAGACAGAGACAGACCAGGAGUGGAUAUUGUGGCUGCCAUAGAUGUGAGUGGAAGCAUGGACAAGGAAGGCAAGUCAGAAAAAUUGAAAAAUGCAUUGCAAUUUCUCAUCAAGAAACUUAGCCCCAUUGAUCGUUUGUCGGUUGUCACAUUCGCUGACAACUCCAAGAGGUUGUUCCCGUUGCGCCAGAUAACUGAAGGCUCCCAACAAGAUAUUGAAAAGCAGGUUAAAGAUUUAGUUGCCAACGGUAACACAAACAUCGCCGAUGGGCUGAAAACGGCGUUAAGAGUACUGAAUGACCGCCGUGUUAAAGAUGGCCGUGUCGGUGCCAUCUUGCUUAUGUCUGGCGGUGCCGAAAACAGGGGUAAGGCUGCCGAGGUUGACGUUGGAAACGUGCCUGUACACACAUUCAAUUUUAGCGCGGAAUGUGAACCAAGCGUGGUACAAGAGAUUGCAAAGAAAAGCAAUGGAGGCACAUUCUCAGAUGUUCUAAACCAUAGCAACUUGAGCGCCGCAUUUUCCCAAUGUUUGGCUGGUCUUCUCGGCGUGGUUGUUCAGGACGUAAAGCUGACCGUCAAACAAUUCGAUGGAGAUUCGAAAAUCGAGAAUGUAUAUGCGGGAGACUAUCCACAAUCCGGUAACAAGGACUCUUCUGUAACUAUAUCUUUAGGCAAUCUCUACAAAAAAGAGGUACGCAAGGUCAUUGUGGAUCUUAUUCUUCCAAAAGUUGAUAGUCAGACGAGCCCGGAUGUUAUCAGAGUAAGUUACACAUACAGUGAUGUGGAGGAGAAACGGCUGUAUGAAGCAAAUCCAAUAAAAGCUACCGUAACCCGCAUCGACACCCCCCCAAGGAAAGAAAAAGAGAGGGAGGAGUUGACUAGUGAGGAGAACCGUGUCAAGAGCGCAAAUAUGGUGAACGACGGCAAGGAAGCCACCUACAAGAUGGUUGAAACCAAAAACUUGGCUAACCCGUUGCCAAUUGAGAUAGUGAAAUUUGCGAUGCAACUGCUCUUCAAGCGUUUCGCUGAUCUCCAAUCGGCUGGGAGUAGUUUAAGAUUUGACAUGAUCAACAGAAAACAAGUUGGGCGUGAUCCUUUUGUGCUAUCUAAUUUGGAGACUAGUUCUAACGCUCGCAAGCGUUUCGCUGUAACAAACAUAUGGACGCAUACCUCAAGCAAGCCAAGGCAUUGGACAAAUGCGAUGCCACCAAGCCACAGCCUUUGGUGGAGUCGUCAAGCAAGAAACUGUUGCCGAUUGCCUUGGUCCCGGGUGGUCCCGUCACUAGCGUUCAUCGCUUAUACUACAUUCAGAUCACCCUACAUGAAUCACGAGGCUCUCAAAUCCAAAGGCAACAUAAUCACUAGUAGCCGUUCAAUGCUGCAAUGCGUGAUUUAAUUUUAAUUUGCAAUAUUUUACUUUUGCACUAAUUGAAUAAACAAAUCAAGCCGCCGUAUGUCUAUCUGUUACUAUAUAUAUAUAUAUAUGUAUAUAUAUAUAUAUAUAGAUAGAUCGGCAAGCAUGCAUGUAUGUUUGCAUGGCUGCGUUGCAUUGUAUUUUUAUUUGUUAUGUCUGCAUGGCUGCGUUGCAUUGUAUGGUUUCGUGCUUUUUUUUUUUUUUUGAAUUAUAUUCAGAUUUCAAUUUCAAUCGGACAACAACCGGUGUGAUAAAUUCCUCCCUUUAAAACCAUACUUGCGAGUUUCCGAUCUCACACGGCUUAGCAGUCAAGUUUUCAAAUUCUUUUGGUGCCUUUUUCU